UGAGCUGCAGAGACAGGAGGCGCCUCACAAGAAAAGGGACAAUCCCAAUCACCUCCGUCCCCCAGGAUAAUGCAGACUCCACUGGCCAUUCCUGUGCCUGUGCUCUGGCUCCCCCGGGGCUCUGACAGCUUGAGCCGACGCUUUGCCCCCGAUGGAUGCAGAGCCCUCCUGAAACCAGAGGUUCCUGGAAUCCCGGAGUCUCCUGUAGCUCAAGAAUCUCGGGAAUCCCAGGAACAGUGGGCCCAGACUGCCCUUCGGGAGCGCUACCUCGGAAGCCUGCUGGCCAUGGUGGGUCGCCAGGUGAGCUUCAAGUUGCACAAAGGUGUGCACCUGACCGCCCACGUCGGAGCCACCGACCUGGACGUGGCCAACUUCUACGUGUCUCAGCUGCAGACUCUGAUAGGCGUGCAGGCUGAGGCACUGCUUCGCUGUGGUGACACUAUUGCAUAGACCUUCAAGCCAUAAAGACAGAAUUGUGUUCAUCGUUCCACCUUGGGCGUAGCCACA